UCCAAGUUGCCAAUAUGGAUGCAGUGCAGAUCGGUGCUGUAGGGUUUCAGUGUCUACUAGAGAUGUAUUUGGAAAAGACCAAAAGGCAGGAUAGACGUUGGGGUACCCAUCCCGUUCUAAGCAGCAGAUUGACAACAGGUGCGUUUCAUUUGAUGUUUGAGAAGCACAGACAAUAUGAAGACAAAUUUUACCAAUAUUACAGGAUGUCUGUUAGCUCAUUUGAUGAACUUUUACAUCUUGUCAGUGACGGUCUGAUGAAGAAAGAUACCAACAUGAAAAGGAGUAUUGAGCCAGCUGAAAGACUUGCUAUAACCAUCAGGUAUUUGGGCUGUGGAAUGAACUUCAGUGACCUUGAAUUCGAAUAUCAAGUAUCAAGAAAAAACAAUACGUCUCGUUGUUGA